GUGAGUUUGGUCCCAGAGGUAGUUACCGGCUUCAGUGAGAAGAUCAUGGCAGCUCGGACUGGUCAGAGAGCCCUGAGAAAGGUGGUCUCGGUGUCGGGAUGUCGUCCAAAGUCGGCGGCAGCCCCGAUUUCGGCGCAGGGGCCUGCGCGGAACGUCAGAUAUCUAGCUUCCUGUGGUAUACUGAUGAGCAGAACUCUUCCACUACAUACCUCAAUUUUGCCUAAGGAGAUGUGUGCAAGAACUUUCUUUAAAAUUACUGCACCAUUAAUAAACAAAAGAAAAGAAUAUUCAGAGAGGAGAAUUAUAGGAUACUCUAUGCAGGAAAUGUAUGAUGUAGUAUCAGGAAUGGAAAAUUACAAACAUUUUGUUCCUUGGUGCAAAAAAUCAGAUAUAAUAUCAAAGAGAUCCGGAUACUGCAAAACACGAUUAGAAAUUGGAUUUCCACCUAUAUUGGAGCACUAUACAUCCAUAGUAACCAUGGUGAAACCACAUUUGGUAAAGGCAUCCUGUACUGAUGGGAAGCUUUUCAAUCAUUUGGAGACUGUUUGGCGUUUUAGCCCAGGUCUUCCUGGCUACCCAAGAACUUGUACCUUGGAUUUUUCAAUUUCUUUUGAAUUUCGCUCACUUUUACACUCUCAGCUUGCCACGUUGUUUUUUGAUGAAGUUGUAAAGCAGAUGGUAGCUGCCUUUGAAAGAAGAGCAUGUAAGCUGUAUGGUCCAGAAACAAAUAUACCUCGGGAAUUAAUGUUUCAUGAAGUUCAUCACACGUAAAGGGAAAAAAACGAACUGGAACUGGUCACCUACUUGUAACUUUAGUUUAUUCACUUUUAGAACGUGCUUUUAUCAUUUGCUUUCAGAAGUCAGAAAGCAUUUCAUCAACCCAGCUUUGAUUAUAAACCUGCACCAUUGAAAAUUUGCACUUGGAAUAUGGAACCACAUGUACAUAGAAUUCAAUCAAGUAUAAUUCAAAGAAAUGUGUACAUUAGCAUAUUUAUAAUAAUGGAUGUCAUCACUAUUGCUAAAAUACUGACAUCACUCUUCUGAGCAGAAACUAAAACUAAAUUUAAGUCUUUUAGUUAUCACUUUACCUGAAAGAGAUUAGUUGAGAUACUCAUGUAGUGUGUAUUAUAAUAACCAUAUCACGUUUAAGUUAUUAAAUUCAGACUAUUUAUAACUUAUUGUCAUAGGGCCUGUGUCAUGGUUUAGGAUAUUUGAGUAAUUAUCAGAUACUUACAGUAAAAACUUUGACUUAACAAUACUGUUAAUGAAGGUUCCCUGACACUUUUCUUAUUUUUAAAUUGUUCUUAUGAAUAGUAGGAGAUAAUUCAGUGCUGUAGUGAGAUUAGCUCCUUGAUAAACAGUGAAUUUUUUGGUGAGUGGUCCAGAGCUUUAAGCUACUUUUUUAUAGUUUUCAACCAACCCCCUUCCAGGUACUUUAACUUCUCUUUCAAUAAUGCUGAUUGUGUAUAAAAUUGUAUCUACAACAGUGGGCAGAAGAUGAAGAUAAGUUGGUUGAUAUGUCUCCAGCACCAUUCAUCCCUAUUUUCUAUUUAUUGCGUAUACUCACUUUCAAUAAUGUAUUUCAAACUGAUAUUUUUGUAAACAAAUCAAUGUAAGGACU